UUUCAGUUUUAUGUCAUGGCCGCUGCACGUACGAUGUUUUUGUUGAAAAAACAAAACAUUAAUAAUUUGUGAAAGGUAUUAAUAAAAGUCACUGUCACUAGAAAAUUCUCAGUGCAUUUUUAAAAUACUUGGAGAAUGGCUGAAAAUACUGAUAAUAAUAAUUGGUUUGGGUCUUGGUUGAAUGCAGCCAAAAACAAGAGUACUGAAGUAUUAGAAUUUGUGAAAAAAGACUUGGAAGAAUUUGGGUCUGCUGUUAGGAAUGAAGCAACUAGUGUGGUAUCUUCCACUGGCUCAGUUCUUGAGAAGACACUCAGUUUGGACUCUCCAGAUUCCACAGCUAGUAACAUGAAAAAAAGUUUCAGUGCAUUUCUUGGCCAUAUGAAUACUGUUUUGAACCCUAGUCCUGAUGAUUCUGAUACUGAGGUGUUGAUAGUGGAAAAUUCUGAAACAGUAACUUUAACAGAGUACCAGAAAGCAUUGUUUAAACUACAAUCAGAUCCAACUACAUUCCUUAGUGAUCCUGAUGAAACUUUGCAGAAGCAAUUUCAAUGUUGGCUAGAAAUAAUUGAUGAUCAGUUGUCAGAUGAUAGGAUAGCAAAACAAGUUAACAGUUCUGAGGUUCUCAAAAGACAAUAUGCAAAAUUGGUGCCUGAAGUAGUGGAACAUCAGAUCUUCUGGAAAAGAUAUCUUUUCAAGAGAGCUCUGUUAGAAGAUGAUUUUGCUAGGAGAGAAGCAAUGGUUAAGAGGGACCAACAUGAAAAAUUGAUGACUGAGGAAAAUUUGAAAUGGGAACAAGAAGAUUUUGCUGCUAAUAUAGAACUAACAGAAGAAGAGCAGAUUAAGCUACUGGAGCAGUAUGAAAAUGAGAAAAAAGUUCAGAAAUUGAGCCAAAAACCUAGCACACUCAUUGGUGAAAAAGUUGUUUUCAAGCAAGAAUCUCCAAAGAGGGAAAUCAGGACUACAAAAACUGAAGAAAUUGUACCAGAAUCAAAAUUGAAUAAAAUUGACUCUGCCUUGAGCUUGACACCUAGUAGCAACAGCAGUCUUGAUGGAGAUUGGGAAAAAGUUAGUGAUGUUGAGAAAUGAAAUAUUUAUGAUAGUUAAUCUCAAUUUACUUAUUCAAUAUCUCUAUUUUAUUAGAGUAAUGUGAAAGUUAGUCUUGAAAUGUCUACUUAUUGUUUAUGUUUUAAUUUAUUUUAUAUAUUUUGUACACUCAUCUUCAAGAACACAUCAGAAGUUUAAGGAGUUAGUGGCUUAAAUACUGCAGUAUGCAGUAUAGAUUUGGGAAGAUCUGACACUCCAAACACUGUCCAUGUGCUCUGAAGGCGAGUGUACCUGGAAUUUCUUUGAAAUUUUUUAAGUAAUGUGGAAUACAUAUUUUAUAAAGUGUUUAUUAGGAAUAAAUAUCGUUCAC